GGGAAGAAUCAUAACAAACUAAAGCAUAACAAUGAGGAUGUGGUGGUUUAUAACAACUUUAGCCAUUACUGCUUUCUUUUGUAAUUCCCCUGUUUAUGCUUAUGAUAACAACCCUCUACAGGACAUAUGUGUUGCUGUUAACGACUCUCAUGCUUCAGUUUUCGUGAACGGGAAGAUUUGCAAAGACCCAAAGCUUGCAACAGCGAAUGAUUUCUAUUUUUCAGGUCUUAAUGUAAGUGGAAAUGAAGUGCCUGGGUUAGGUUUUGCUUUAAAGACUGUGGAUGUAAACAACAUGCCUGGACUUAACACUCUUGGUAUUACUCUUGUUCGUGCUGACCUGGAACCACAACGUAUUGGACCAUUUCACAUGCACCCUCGAGCUACUGAGAUGAUAACUAUCCUGGAGGGUACUACUUAAGCAGGAUUUCUUGUCCCUGAUCCUGCAAACUUCUUUAAGAGUCGUCUCUUUUCCAAAAUCUUGAAUCCUGGCGAUGUGUUUGUGUUCCCACAAGGUCUUAUUCACUUCCUGUAUAACGUGGGAUACAAAAAAGCUACUUUUCUCUUUUAUUUCAAUAGUCAAAAUCCUGGAUUUGUCAUUAUUCCUUAUUCAAUCUUUGCUUCAAAUCCACCUAUUUCAGACGACGUUCUUGCCAAAGGCUUCCAGCUGAAUAAGACACAGAUUGCAGAACUUCGAAAGAAAUUCUCUUAAGGUUAUAUAAUGCAUGUCGUUAAAAAUGUGAUUCUGUGUUUUUUCAGAAAGUUGUUUGCAGCACGUUAGGUGCUCACGCGUCUUAUGAAUGCGUUGGAAUAAUACUUUACUCCUAAUAAAUCAAGUGGCAAUGUAUGUACCUAUAAUCUUUCUUUGCAAUAUAAUGAAUAAGCCCAUGCACC